UUUGCUUCUUAAAUUAACGAGAACACCUGUCGCUAUGAACAAAAUUCUCGUUAGUUUACAACAAGGUUUAAUACGCGGAAAAUUAUCUAGAAACUAUAAAAAUGGUACUUUUUAUAGUUUUUUUGGUAUACCUUAUGCAAAACCACCGAUUGGAAAAUUACGAUUUAAGAAUCCUGAAGCACCUGAACGUUGGAUUGGAACUUUAAACGCAACUACUGAAAAAGAUGGGUGCAUUUCAAAAAAUAUUUUCACACGCAAACUUGAAGGCUCUGAAGAUUGUCUUCAUUUAAACGUUUAUACCCCCAAUUUAAAUAAAUCUCAAUCAUCUUCAUUAAAACCUGUUAUAGUUUUCGUUCACGGACACGGUUUGGUUGCUGGAAAUGCAAAAACCGAACUUCACGGUCCAGAUUUUUUUUUAACUGAAGACAUUGUGCUAGUAACGGUUUGUUAUCGAUACGGAGCAUUUGGGUUUUCAUACCUUGAAGAUCAAUCAUUGGGAGUAAACGGAAAUCAAGGUAUUAAAGAUGUUGUAAUGUCCUUGAAAUGGGUGCAACAAAAUAUUAGGAAUUUUUGUGGGGAUCCAAAUAAUGUUACGCUUUUCGGAGCUAGUGGUGGAGCUGGUAUUGCACAUCAUAUUAUGUUAUCAUCGUUGUGUAAUGGGAUGAUACAUAAAUUAAUUCUUCACGGUGGAUGUAGUUUAAGUUUAUGGGCAACUAGUAGAAAAGAUUCUUUAACAAAACUCGGGGAAGAGUUAAAAUUUGUUGGUGAAAAUGAAAAAAAAUUAUUGGAAUUUUUACAAACGAAAUCCGCUAUUUCGAUUUAUGAAGGUCAAAAAAAAGUUUUGGCUAAUUCGAUUAUUUCUCCGAAUGUUCAAAAACAUUUCUUUCCUAUAAUUGAAAAUCAGUUAAAUAAUUCAGUUCUUACGGAAGAUCCCAAAUUGAUUAUAUCGAAAGGAAAUUAUACAAAAGUACCUAUUCUAAUGGGACAUACAUCGGAUGAAGGUUUUAUAUUUGGGAAAGAAGCAGAAAGAAGAUUUAAAGAAAAUUCAGGUGUUAUUACUAAUUUAGAUGAUUUAGUUCCAUAUAAUUUAAAAGACUCAAAAGGGAUAAUUGAGAAAAUUAAAAAAUUUUACUUUAACGGAAAUUAUCCAAAAGAGAAAGAUCUAUAUAAAUAUUUACAAGUUAAAAGUGAUAUAUAUUGUGCGCAUCCACUACAAACCGCAAUUAAAGCCCAUUUAAUCACUCAAUCAUUACCAAUUUACUUUUUUAAAUUUGCUUUUCAUGGAAAAUUAAAUCUCUAUAAAAAAAUACAAGGGGUAACAAAACCGGUUGCUUCUCACAGCGAUGAACUCUGUUAUUUAUUUAGAAUGUUUGGAAAUCCAGAAGUCGAAGAAAACAGUGAUGAAGAUUUAACAAUAAAACGUAUGGUUAAACUUUGGACGAAUUUUGCAAAAUUCGGAAAUCCUAAUGGCAAAAAUAUUAAUGAUGAUUUAAUUAAUGUUCAGUGGGAUCCUGUGGAAUUAAAUAAAUUUAAUUAUUUAUGUAUUGAUAAAGAGUUAACAGCCGGAGUAAAUCCCGAUGAAGAUGGAGUGAAAUUCUGGGAAGAUUUUUAUAAAGAUAAUAAUUAAUUUUAUUUUGUAAAAUUAAAUGUUUAAAUUUACUUACAACUUUAUCAACAA